AUUUCUAAAAUACAAUAAUAAUGCAACGUAAGAAAGAAACUAGAUGAGGACUUUUAUUUGUGAUGGGUGGUGUAUCCGCUUUCCUCCUCGUCGUCCCAUCGACAGUUUGCCUCGUAUAACGCCAAGGGAAGGGCAAUGGCUCGCGGGCAGCAGAAGAUUCAGUCUCAGCAAAAGAACGCCAAAAAGGCUGCAGAGAAAAAAAAGGCACAAGGAGCAGAUCAAAAGACCGCUGCCAAAGCUGCACUCGUUCACACAUGUCCUGUUUGCAGGACUCAAAUGCCAGACCCCAAGACCUUCAAGCAGCAUUUUGAGAGCAAACACCCCAAGUCACCCAUGCCCCCUGAACUAGCAGAUGUGCAGGCAUAAAUGACACUAGAAAUGUACAGUAUCUGCAUUCUGAGACCCUGGGGACAAAAUGAUGCAAUUCAGUUUGGCCAUCUGAUUCAGCUAAAAAACAGACUCUCUUGUUGACAGAAGACUUAUCGAUGGACUAAAGCACACCAGCACCCUUUGAUUUUAUAUUUUUGUAUGUAUUUUGCCUUCGUUCAGGCUAAUUGUCAAUUGUAGUGUGAUAUGUGCACUAACAGCCUCAUCAGGUUCCAUCAGGUUCCGUCAAGCCCCUCAGUAUUUAUCUGUCACUCUUUUAAUAUGUUUUCUUUUGCUACAUAUGCUUUGUAUUAAAACCAUAUUAUUACAAUAGCAUAAAUUAGCAUAAAACUUCAGCACAUUUAGUACUAAUGCUCGUACAGUCUGUUUUGUUCUUUCAACAUCAGCCAAGAUGAAAAUUGCAUCACUGUGUAAAUUGGGCAGGGUUAUUCGUUUUGGUCAAUUUAGUUAGCCAGAAUUGAUAAUUAAAAAAAAGUACACUUUGGAAAUUGGAAUAGUGGUGCUGAAAUUGCAAUAUUUGUGGGUAAUAUUUUUUUUUUUCUAAGGUUUUCAAUAAAUGUAUAAGCAUUUA